CCGGACAAUACGAAUUGUGGUCAAUUUCCCAAAUUCCAAUCUGUUCUUGACGUACUUCCUUCACCAACUCACCUUCCUCUGGUCUGAUACACUUUCAUUCUCAUUUCCUGUUAGAUUUGCUUUCUUCUUUCUUUCUUUGAUUUUUAUGCAUAUUCUCUUUCCUCCUAACAACUAAUACCAAGUGGCUGUGGAGACCAAGAAAAAGGAUGGCUACGUUACCAACCGCAGUAGGCGGAGGAGCUUUGGAGAAAGAGGUGUGGAAGGCGCAUGCUGCCAUGGCUAUGGUGCAGCUAUUUAAUGGAGGAUAUCACGUCAUUACCAAACUGGCUCUUAAUGUUGGGGUCAAUCAGCUUGUUUUCUGUGUAUUUCGUGAUCUGCUUGCCCUCUGUAUUCUCGCUCCCACGGCUUAUAUCCGUGAGAAAAGGAUUCGGCCACCUAUGAACAGACGCAUACUCUUGUCACUCUUCUUUCUUGGCUUAACAGGAAUAUUUGGGAACCAGCUGUUGUUUCUUAUUGGCCUUAGUUAUACAAAUCCAACUUAUGCUGCUGCUAUACAGCCUUCAAUUCCAGUGUUUACGUUCCUUCUGGCUGUGAUGAUGGGUACAGAAAGAGUGAAUUUGUUUAAAACUGAAGGUCAAGCAAAGGUUGUAGGUACCCUCAUCUGUGUUUCUGGCGCUGUAUUGAUGGUUCUAUUCCGUGGUCCAACUAUCUUUGGAUUAAGUGAAGCAGACUUUGCAGGGAGCGAAAUAAGUGCCAAGGGUCAACCAGAGCCCGCUGGAUGGUUUUUGUCUAGCUUUAUAAACAUUGGACUGGAAAGUUGGCACCUCGGAGUUUUAUGCUUAAUAGGGAAUUGCAUGUGUAUGGCUGUUUUUCUGGCCAUUCAGGCUCCACUUUUAAUAAAAUAUCCUGCCAGCCUUUCUGUCACGGCUUAUUCAUAUGCUUUUGGAGCUCUAUUAAUGGUAGUGACAUCAUUCUUUUUGACCAAUGAAACCACGGAGUGGAGUCUAACACAAUCUGAGCUUUGGGCAGUCAUUUAUGCUGGAACUGUUGCCUCUGCCCUUAAUUAUGGACUCCUGACCUGGUCCAAUAAGAUCUUGGGGCCUGCUUUGGUUGCACUUUACAAUCCACUUCAACCUGCUGCUUCUGCCUUGCUGUCAAGAAUUUUUCUUGGAAGCCCCAUUUAUUUGGGAAGCAUCUUUGGGGGCUGCCUAAUCAUUGCUGGUCUUUAUUUGGUGACUUGGGCUUCCUAUAGGGAGAGACAGGCAAUUGCUGGGCUAAUUUCUUAUGUUUCUGUCAGGAGCUCUGAACCACUCAUUCACAGGGAUGCAACAGCUAACAAGGCUAUGUAGGGGAGAGUUCUCUUGACCACUUGACUAUAAAAGCAAAUUUCUUGAUUCGGCAUCCUAACUCCACAGAUAAACUGAGGGACACCCAUGUAUAUGGUAAAAUCCAUCCGAUUUCUGAUGCUGUAUGUGAUGGGACUCUGCAAAUUUUUAGAAGACUUGAAUCAGGAUAGGUAGGAAGCAAUAAAAACAGUGAAUGCUGCAAGUUAUUGGCAGACUCGAGUCAGGACCAUCAGGAAGCAAAAUUAGUGAAUCCUAAAGGAAAAUUUUCUUCCUGUUUUUCUAAUGUAUUUAAUCGCUUUUUUGUUCUGUAUUUAUGGUUUGAUAGCAGUUAUUUUUACUGGUUGCAAGGAUGAGAUUAUUAACCUCGUGCUUUGAAUUUCUGGGUGAGAAUCUGAAAUGGAGGGCAUUUUCUUUC